AUGUCUUCAUCUGAUAUAUUUGAUGUGCUGAAUAUCCAGCAGAAGUCCAAAAGUCCCGGGAGUACUAAUUCUCCGACUCCUGUGGCCUCCAGCAGUGGGACGGCCUCUAAUCGAGCUCCAAAGACGCAAGUGACCGGGAUGCAGAGAGAAUUGUACAGUUUACUGGGCGAAAAUCAGCCUCCUUUAGUUGUGCAGCCAAGUAAUAAGUUUAAGGAGAAACUGGCAUCUAUAUCUAAACCCUCUCCAUGGACUUAUGCUCCAUUCAAGGCAAAUUUAUCUGUUAAACUGCACCAUUGGGUUAAAGGCUCAAAAGAAUUGGUCGGUGAAGAACCUCAAGAAUCACCCCAUUCUAAAUAUAACGUUCAUCUAACUAUACCGAGCUUUAGUAGAGAAGAAUAUGAAUCCUUCAUGAAUAAUGCACCGGAAGAGCAAGAGAAAGAAAAUUCGGCACAAAAUGACGAAAAGAAUGCUAAUACAGACAGUAAAACAGAUCAAGAUUGGACCUUCGAGGAGGCAGAUUACCUCUUUCGCCUGUGUCGAAAAUAUGAUAUGAGAUGGUUUGUUAUUUAUGAUAGGUAUUCUUCUGAGAAACGCCGGACUUUGGAAGAUUUAAAAGAGACAUUUUACAAAGUUUGCAAAAGGUAUUUUACAGCCAAGUCGCCGGACGAUGCAUUGUUAAGUUCGUUGGAUUAUCCCAAACAGAAAGAAUUGGAAAGAAAGAAAUACUUACAGCGCCUGUUGUCACGAUCAGCUGCUGAGAUUGCCGAGGAAGAGGCUCUGAUUAUAGAAUCACGUAAAUUUGAGAUGGCAGCUAAGAAAACAUUGAAUGAGCGAGAAUCUUUACUACGUCUGCUGGAUUCGCCGAAUAGCGAUCAGUCAGUAUCUCAAUAUUUAUCUUCACAAGGUAUCUCUCAGCUGUAUGGAAGCCUGCUUUCUGACAAAUCAAAGAAGCGAAAGCACAAUACUAACGUUCCAGAGAAUCCUUGGAUGAAGCAGCAACAGCAGUUUGCUCAGCAACGACAACAGUUGCAGCAACUGCAGGACAGAAAGCACGAUGGCCAGGACCUUGCGUCGCCACGCAAGACCAAGAAACAGAAGCAGGAAAUCCAGACAGCUAUAAAACGAAAAGCAGAGAGCGUCUAUGCCGAGCAUCUCUUGAAAAAUUUUAAUCAAGAAGAGAGAGCCGCUUUGGGGGUUGUUACCCAUGGUGAGAAACUCGCACCAGGUGUAUUCCUGCGCUCCACGAAAGUCUCCACUUUCAAGCCUGCUCUACAAAACAAAGUAGCAACAAUAUUGCAAGAACUCGACCUUCCUACGAGGCCUGCUAUGCCCACAAGCGAGGUAAUGAAGGAACAUGAGGAGUUGCUCAAGGGCAUAGCGACUUUGGUAGAUCUCAAAAAGCAUCUCGAUAAGCUUGAAGCUGAAAAGUCUAUUGUCAAAUAG